AUGUCGAAAAAUAAAUCCAUCGAGGAGAGGUACCAGAAGAAGUCGCAGAUUGAGCACAUCCUGCUCAGGCCAGACACGUAUAUAGGGAGUGUGGAGAUGCACACGCAGCUCCUGUGGAUAUGGAGCAAGGAGCGAAAUCGAAUGGUCCAGAAAAAUAUAACUUACGUUCCAGGACUGUACAAAAUCUUUGACGAAAUAAUUGUUAAUGCAGCAGAUGUGAAGGCCAGGCAAAGUGACAAAAGCGAAAAUCCUAUGACGUGUAUCAAAAUAGAGAUUAACAGAGAACAGAAAAAAAUAAGUGUCUACAAUGAUGGAGAGGGAAUACCUGUGGACAUCCACAAAGAAAUGAAUAUCUACGUACCGCAUAUGAUUUUUGGAGAACUACUAACCUCGGACAACUAUGACGAUGCGGAGGAUAGAAUCACAGGUGGGAGAAACGGGUUCGGAGCGAAGCUAACGAAUAUAUUUAGCAAAGAAUUCAUCGUGCAGUGUGGAGAUAGCUCCAGAAAAAAAGAAUUCAAAAUGGUGUGGACAGAUAAUAUGUCUAAAGUUUCAGAGCCACAAAUUAAAAACUAUAAUGGGAAGGAUUUCGUGAAGGUUACUUUUAAACCUGAUUUGGCCAAAUUUGGAAUGACAGAAAUGGAUGAUGAUAUCGAGAGUUUGCUAUGCAAGCGUGUGUACGAUUUGGCCGGCACGUGUAGCGUGAGGGUUUAUCUCAACGGGAACCGGCUAGCCAUUAAAGAUUUUAAAAGCUACGUCGAUCUCUAUUUGAAAGACAACGCCGGGGUCAGCCCCGGAAAGGGGGGAGGGAAUAGCAGCGCGAAUGGUAACACAGACGCUAAUACGAAUGGCACCGUUAACCCCGACCUGAGUGCAAGUCAGACGGCGCAGAACCUAGACGUGAGCAUGUCGCAGGAACCAGGAGAAACAACUCCCACCAAAAGCAACGCUGGGAAUGGAACGAACAACAAUGAUGAGGAGGAGAUUGUGAAGAUACACGAGAAACAGUACCGAUGGGAAAUCGUCGUCUCGAAGACAGACGGGUCGCAGUUCCAGCAGGUGUCCUUCGUGAACAGCAUAUGCACAACGAAAGGGGGGUCCCACGUAAACUACAUCGUAGAGCAAUUAUUGAAUUCCCUUAGUAAGAAGGCGAACGCGAAAAAUAAAGGAGGAAUGGAAAUAAAAUCGGGACAUAUAAAGAACCACUUGUGGGUGUUCGUCAACUGCUUAAUCGUUAACCCGACAUUCGACUCACAGACGAAGGAAACCUUGACGACGAAGCCGGUGAAGUUCGGAAGUAAGUGUAUCCUGUCGGAUAAAACGAUUAAUAGCGUUUUGAAGAGCCCUAUCCUUAGUAACAUUCUCCUCUGGGCCCAAGCAAAAGCACAAGUAGAAUUGAGAAAGAAGAUGAAAGCAGGCUCGUCCAAAGCGAGGGAGAGAAUUAUUGGUAUACCGAAACUGGAAGACGCAAACGAUGCAGGAAGUAAGUACAGUCAGGAGUGCACACUCAUUCUUACGGAGGGAGAUAGUGCCAAGACGUCCUGUCUCGCUGGUCUCUCCAUCGUCGGACGAGACAGAUAUGGAGUCUUCCCCCUUAAGGGAAAACUACUAAACGUGAGGGAUGCGUCGUUUAAGCAACUAAUGGAUAAUAAGGAGAUACAAAAUAUCUUCAAAAUUAUGGGAUUAGACAUUACGGAUAAGAAUAAGGAAGACAUAAAGGGAUUGCGAUACGGAUCACUCAUGAUUAUGACCGAUCAGGACUACGACGGUUCGCACAUCAAGGGGUUGCUAAUCAACAUGAUUCAUAAGUUUUGGCCAAGUUUGCUAAAGCAUAGGGGAUUCCUAAGCGAAUUCGUUACUCCAAUUGUAAAGGUGCAGAAAGGGAAUCAGGAACAUUCCUUCUUCACCAUCGCCGAGUAUGAGCAGUGGAAGGAGAGUACAAACCUACUCGGCUGGAAAAUCAAGUACUACAAAGGGCUGGGAACAUCUACCGACAAAGAGUUUAAGCAAUACUUCUCAGAUAUUAAAAAUCAUAAAAUUAUGUUCCUAUGGACUGGGGAUCGAGAUGGAGAUUCCAUCGACAUGGCAUUCAGCAAAAAACGAAUUGAAGACAGGAAGUUAUGGCUUCAAAAUUUUAUUAUCGGCUCGUAUGUAGAUCAUAAGGAGAAAGAUCUCUCUUACUACGACUUUGUCAAUAAGGAGCUCAUAUAUUACUCCAGAUAUGACACCGAAAGGAGCAUACCAAACAUUAUGGAUGGAUGGAAGCCAGGACAGAGGAAGGUGCUCUACGGUUGCUUUAAGAGGACCUUAAGGAAUGAAUGCAAAGUGGCACAACUCGUUGGAUACAUAGCAGAACACAGUGCCUACCAUCAUGGAGAGGCUUCCCUACAGCAAACCAUUAUCAAUAUGGCCCAAACAUUCGUAGGAUCGAAUAAUAUAAACUUCUUAGAACCGUGUGGUCAAUUUGGUAGUAGAAAGGAGGGAGGAAAAGACGCUUCCGCGGCGAGGUAUAUUUUUACCAAGUUGGCUAGCUCGACAAGAAGCAUAUUUAAUGAGUAUGAUGAUCCCAUUUUGAAAUACCUAAAUGAAGAGGGACAGAAAAUAGAACCACAAUACUACAUCCCAGUCAUCCCGACCAUCCUUGUAAACGGGUGUGAAGGAAUCGGAACAGGUUACUCCUCCUUCAUCCCUAAUUAUAACUACAAAGAUAUCAUUGAGAAUAUUAAGAGGUACAUUAAUAAGGAACCCCUCAUCCCGAUGAUCCCAUGGUAUAAAGAUUUCAAAGGAAGAAUAGAAUCGAAUGGAAAGACGGGGUACGAAACGAUAGGAAUAAUUCGCAAGAUAGACGAUGAGACGUUAGAGAUUAACGAACUGCCAAUUAAGAAGUGGACACAGGAUUAUAAAGAGUUUCUGGAAGAGUUACUCACCGAUGAGAAGAAUCAGCUCAUUGUAGAUUACAUAGAUAACAGCUCCCAUGAAGAUAUUUGCUUUACCAUCAAAAUGGAUCCUGCUAAGUUGAAGAAGGCAGAAGAGGAGGGUCUCGAAAAAGUCUUUAAAUUGAAAAGCACGCUGACCACCACCAAUAUGACUCUUUUUGAUCCUAAUUUGAAACUUCAAAGGUAUUCUACCGAACUGGACAUUUUGAAAGAAUUCUGCUUUCAACGACUGAAGGCAUAUGAAAAUAGGAAGAGCUACUUGAUCUCAAAACUAGAGAAGGAGAAGAAAAUCAUCUCAAAUAAAAGCAAAUUCAUUCUUGCCAUUGUAAACAAUGAACUCAUUAUUAACAAGAAAAAGAAAAAAGUCCUUGUGGAAGAAUUGUACAGAAAAGGAUAUGACCCCUAUAAAGAUAUCAACAAAAUUAAGAAGGAAGAAAUUUUCGAGCAGGAGUUACUCGAGGCGGUAGAAAAUCCUGAAGACAAUGAAGAAAUAAUUGCAGGCAUUUCUGUUAAGGAUUAUGACUACUUAUUGAGCAUGCCCAUUUUCAGUCUGACUCUGGAGAAGGUAGAAGAACUGCUAGCGCAACAUAAAGAAAAAGAAAGAGAGUUAGAGAUUUUAAAGAAUAUAACCGUGGAGACCAUGUGGCUCAAAGAUAUCGAAAAAGUCGAGGAAGCUAUUGAGUUCCAACGCAAUGUAGAAUUAGCCAACAGGGAGGAAAGCAACCGAUUUAAGGUGGCAAAGAAACAGACGGGUAGCAACUUCAGGAAAAAGAAGAAGAAAAAGAAACUAUCCAGUGACGAGGAAUCAUCAGGUGACUCCUCAGACAGUAGUGAAUUCCUAGUGCGAUCUUUAAACAUUAGGAAGAAUAAAAGACCGCCAAAUAGUAGUGGCCCCAGUAGCACUACACGAAAAAAAUUAAGGAGAACCGAUGAAGGGGGAGAUAAUAAUGAUACCCCCAUUCUAGUCAAUGGAUAUUUAGACAAUAGUGUAUCUUACUCGGUGGGAGCGGUCGAUGCUGCCACCAACAUUUCAGACUCCACGCCGCUUCUUAGUAGAAUUCUAGCCGACUCCAUUGCAGACGUCACUCCUGUAGCUAGCCAAAAUAACCGCAACAGUAUCAAACCUGGUAGUAGUAAAAACUCUAGGAGGAAAAAGCUGCCCUGUCCGGAGCAGUCCCUCGGUAGUCCUCAGCCCAACGGGGUGGCGGUUAACGCUGCUGCUCCCGCCAACGGCCUUGACCAGACUCCCACCAAACCGCUAGGCAUCCCUGAGAAUAUAACCAUUUCACCCAACAGCACCAUCAACGUUAAUGACUUCUCCGGCAUCCGGAGCAAGUUGCUCGAGCUCGAAAAUAAGAAGAAGCCACGACUGAGCUUGGCCGAGAAGGUUAAGAUGAAAGCCACGGAGAAGAAAGGAAGCCCCGCAAAGGAAAGCUCCGGAGGAAACUCCCCAGCCAAGAGGAAAAAGAGCAACUUACUGGAUGGCUCCAAGUCGAAAAAGAAAUCCAAACUUGAUAGCGAUGAUUCGAGCAAAGAUUUUUCCUCAUCCGAUGACAGUGACAGCUCGUACAACAUAUAA